AUUUUAAUACAAGAAAUACUACGAUCUAUAAGUUUUGCCUGUCAUAGUAGGGCAAUGAACUAGAUGAACAUGAAGCCAAAAUCCUUAAAUUUUGCCUAUGUUGUUGUAUUGACGGCAAACAUCGUCAGCUUUGUAGCUGGUACCGUCCUAACAUGGACUUCUCCUGUGCUAGACAGACUAGGAAAUAAAAUAACAACUCCUUUUGAUCAUCCAGUGUCUUUAGAAGAAAGGUCAUGGAUAUCGUCUUUUUUUCCAUUAGGCGCUAUAUUUGGACCUUUUAUUUUCGGAUUUUUAGCAGAUAAGAUAGGAAGAAAGAAGACUUUAAUUAUAAGUGGGAUACCAUUUGUAGUAUGCUACUAUCUUCUUGCAUUUAGCAAACAUCUUGCUGUAUAUUAUGUUGCUAGAUUCUUUUUGGGUAUAGCUUUAGGUGGCGUUUAUACUGUCAUACCAAUGUAUGCUGGAGAAAUCGCUGAUAGUUCAAAUAGAGGAACUUUGGGUUCAAUGAUGAAUGUCUAUUUAUGUUUUGGGCUAUUUUUUUCUUAUUGUUUAGGCCCCUUUGUAAAUUUGAUGACAUUUAAUAUAAUUUUAGGAACAUUUCCAAUAAUAUUUUUGGUAAUAUUUACACUUAUUGCACCAGAAUCUCCACUGUAUUUGCUAAGCAAAAAUGAUAUACGAGGAGCAAAGAUCUGUCUUCAAAAAGUGAGAGGUUACAAUGUAGAUAUCAAUCAAGAACUUGAUAUGAUUCAGAAUAAAAUUGAAGAAGACGGAAAAGGUUCAGUAAUAGAUAUCUUUAAAUCUAAAUCACUAACAAAAGCUAUUGGUAUUACGAUUACAUUGGGAGUGAUUCAACAAUUUUCUGGAGUAAUCGCAGUAUUUUUUUAUGCUCAAUCUAUAUUUGAACAAGCUGGCAGUUCUUUAAGACCAGAGAUUUGCUCCAUCAUUAUUGGAUCUGUGCAAUUUCUUACUAGUUUUCUUACUCCGUUUUUAGUGGACCGUUGGGGUCGAAAAUUAUUAUUACUCAUAUCAGCAGCUGGUAUGGCUGUGUCAGAAAUUCUCCUAGGUAUUUACUGUUUAUUAAACUCUCACCAUUACGACGUUUCGUCAAUAACGUUUUUACCUAUUAUUUGCCUCAUUGGUUAUAUAUUUAUGUAUAACUUUGGAUACGGUCCGUUACCUUGGGUUAUUAUGGGAGAAACGUUCCCACCAAAUGUAAAGUCGUAUGCUUCUUCGAUCACUGCAGCUAUUUGUUGGACAGCUGGGUUUAUUAUAGGCAAGUAUUUUGAACCUUUGGUACUUCUAAUAGGAAUUGGUCCAGCUUUUUUUAUUUUUUCUGGAGUUUGUAUCUUAGCGGUACCAUUUUGUUUGUUUAUUGUUGUAGAAACGAAAGCUAAAAGUGUGGCAGAAAUCUUAAAAGACUUGGAUUAGUUCCGAGAAGACACAUUUAUAAUAAAUGAAUAUUAAAGGGACUUUUACUUUCUAAAUUGAAAGAAAACACAAUUUUAAAAUAUUAAACAAAAAAAAUUAUUAUAUUUAUGGUUAUAAUAAUUUUUUUAUUCAUUGUUAAGAAUGAUUUGAGGUAUAAAAAAAAUUUGGCACUUAUUUGUUUUUCACCACUGUCUUUCAAAAGAUACAUAAUUUUGGAAACUCUUUGUAACAAACUUUUUUUAAUUCUAAAGGGAUUGAGUUCUUGAGACUUCAAAAGCUAAUAAAUAUACCCUAUAUUUUUAAGGCAUUUAUAUGCGAUUUUAUAACAAUAAACGUUUUGCGGGUGAAAUUAACCCUGUAAUAAACAGAUAGGGUGUUUUUUUUAACAUUUUAGAGGUUUAUUUAGUAGUCGUAUAUAUAAAGCAUAAAAAGCAUUUGGUUUACUGAAAUUUGUAUAGUAGAUUUUGAGAAAAACGGCUCCCAGUUUUGAAAUAUGUGAUGUAAUGAAAAAGCGUGUGAAAUAUUUUACUGUAAUUUUAUAAAAUAAAAUGGCCAUAUUUAUUUUUUUACAUCU